AUGCAAGUGCUUAGGAAGGGAGCUUGUGAAGUUUAUGAGGUCGAGCAGUUAAAUUACAAUGAAGAUCUUGCACUCUUUCAUUCUAAUUCUCUGGGAAAUAACUCUCCUACAACUGUUUAUAUAGGGAUGUCAAAACAGAUGGUGGCUUAUGUAAAUGGUCUUCCAUUAGCUAUAAAAGUUUUCAAUUCUUUUCUUUAUUCCAAGAGCAAAGAAGAAUGGAAAAGUGCAUUAAAUAAACUUCCAAUGGUCCCCAUCAUGGAAAUUCAAAAUGUAUUGAACUUAAGUUACAAGGGACUAGAUGAUAGAGAGAAGGAUAUAUUUCUUGAUAUUGCGUAUAAUGAGAUAUGCAUGCGCAUCUUGCUAAAAGAGAUGGGUCAGGAAAUUAUUCGUCAAGAAUCUGUUAAUGAGCCUGGAAAUGGCAGUAGGUUGUGUAUUGCUGAAACUGUGCCAGUUAAAGGAAUAUUUCUAGACAUGUUGAAGCUUGACAUAGAGCUGUAUUUGAGUCCUGGAGCCUUCUUAGAGAUAUAUUUCCGUUGGGAUGGAUAUCGAUUCAAACUUUUGCCCUCUAAUUUUCUUCCGAGGAAUCUUGUUGAAUGUCAUAUGCGUAAUAGUCAGGUUAAGCAACUUUGGAGUGGAGUCCAGCUGCUUAUAUGCAUUGUGAGUUCUAAAACUAAGUGGAAGCAAUAUGGAGAGCUGAUCUACAAGUAUCAAGCAUCUUUCUCACCUAUCUCACCUAGACUUAACCGAAUGCAAGAAACCUUAAAUCUUUUACCAGAGCGUCCACCAUUUCUAGAACUGCUAGAAGCUGAUGAUUGCAUAUCACUGGAGACUGUCUCAAGUUCAAGGACUGAACUCACACAAGGUUGGUCUCGAUAUAAUCUUCCUAGGGAGGAAUUUAAAUACUGUAAUUGCCUCAAAUUGGAUCAGACUGCAAGAACCAACGUAAUGGCCGACGCACAGCUAAGAAUUCUGCAUUUAUGUAUAUAUGGUUUUUAUGCAAGGGCUUCUAUCAGUAUUUGUCAUUCAGGAAAUCAAAUUCCAGAGUGGUUCAACUAUCAAGCUGUGGGUUCUUUAAUAAAGAUAAAGCUUCCUAGGGGUUGGUAUAAUAGUAGCUUCUUGGGUUUUGCUGUGUCUGCUUUUGUCGGCUUUUUGUGUUAUGAUUGCGAUUUCGGUCUUAAUCUUGUAAAAGAAAGAGAUGAUGCAUGUUGGCCCACCUCUUUUUUCUACGACGUUUCUGAGUUUGAGUUUGAGUCGUAUCCUACAAAUUAUGGUGACCAUUUGGAUGUGAAGAAAUGUAGGAUCCAACUGCUAUAUGCCCAAGAUGGAGAAAAAAUAACCAGAUGUGGAAUGCUACCAAAAGUAUGA